AUGUCCAACCGGGGACGCAGUAUUGAGCGUCGUUCCUCGUCUACCCUUCCACCCUCCUCCUCGCCUCCCUCAUGGUCUUCCCCAUAUCACCACCGUGACUACUCAUCGCGUUCAUCGCGUUCCCCAACGUCCCGUCACCGUCAGCGGUCAUAUUCGCGCUCGCGCCGGACGCGCUCCUCACGGUCACGUUCCCCCCAUUACCGAGAUACCAGUCGUCGGCAGCCUCUUCGCCCACGCUCGCGGUCACGGGAGCACUCAUCCAACGUGUCUGUCAACAAGAAAGAGGACUCCAUCUCCCGUUUGGGUCGCGGUAUUCGGAAAACAGCGGUGCUAUUCGACCCACUGCAGCUGUACAUCGUCGAUGCCCUUGCCUACGCAAAGAAUCCAUACAGCGACCUGGGAUACGACCGUCUUACCAAAAAUCUCACCGUCGAAGAGCAGAACAUACUAACUGAUAAACGGAAAGGCGAAAGAAUCUAUGAAGGAUACCUGCAAAUAGCGCGGUUGGUGCCCGGUAUUGACAAGAGGAUUGACGGCAGCACAGGAGCGAAGGCGUUCUUUGCCUUGCUUCAGAAAGGCGCGAAUGACGCGCGCAGCGAGAACGUUCGAACGAUUACCAGACUGGUCGCCGAGCACAUCAAUAUGGAUCUCAGCCGCCAAAGUUCUACCUUGCGCAAAUUUGACCAUACCCCAAAUACUUUCGAGCAACGCAAUGACCGUGAAGUUGAAGUUAUUGGUCGUGCGCCCAUACUGAAUCCAACGACGCGGAGUGGUCGGGGCUUAGCUCACGAUGUUACUGGUGGCCUUUGCACAUCCAUUAACCAUGACUGGAGCGAAGAAAGCAUACGACGUGACCUUCGCGAUAACAAACUUGGCCUGGCCCCGAACUAUUUCUUUCGCGUCUUCUACGCCAACUACCAUGGAAAUGUGAAGAAGGUAGAGGAGGGGUUUCUCAAGAGCCCACUUCUUGUCAAGGCAUGGCUAGCUAUCUUCAUGGCUUCUAGUGAUCAAGAUGAAAAUACGGCCCCGACUCGUUGCAAGGACGCCCAGGAGGCAACUUCCAAGCGCCCGCCAGUGGCUGAAAUCCUUGGCUUCGAUGGCCAUGUGCCCCCUCGCACUAUUGCAUAUACUGCUGUUCUUGUUUAUUUUGCGCUCUCUGAUGUAAGCCAAUGGCGUCGCAAGUUCAAUGGUGUCGAUCUCGACCACAUGUACAACUUCUUCGUCGACUACUUUGAGGACAAUAUUCCGAGUUCCAAGGCAGCAAAGCGUGUUGGAGAGCUUCAAGCAUGGUGGGACAAGAAAACAGCGACAGCGGACGGUGCAGCAGCAACUGCUUACGAGACCGCAAUCACCACUACCCAAAGUCUAUGGCAGCAACGUAUGGAGGAGGAGGAAGAUCAGCAAGAAGAACAGGGCGACACUGAACAGGCAGCAGGCCCAUAA